GACCAAAACGAGACAUGGGUGCCCUUGCUUGAGAAGGCCUACGCCAAAGCUCACGGCGAUUUUGCCUCUCUUGAUGGUGGUUGGAUCGGCGAGGGACUGGAAGAUCUCUCCGGUGGUGUUACUACCGAGCUGCUUACCUCCAUAAUCCUCGAUACCGAAGAGUUCUGGGGAAAUGAACUCUCCAAGGUCAAUGAGGAGUUUCUCUUUGGAUGCACUACCGGUCUCCUCGACGAAGGCUACGGUGAGAGAGAUGUUAUUGCCGAAGGCCACGCAUACGUUAUUACAGAAGCUAGAGCGUUCAAGUGCGGAGAGCGUCUGAUCAAGCUCAGGAACCCUUGGGGUAAGAUUUGUAGAGACUUGUGGGAGGGCGCCUGGUCCGAUGGAUCUAGAGAAUGGACCACCGAAGUUCAGGAAGAGCUCGACCACCAGUUCGAUAACGACUCAGUCUUUCGGAUCAACUAUGAAGACUUCCUCCGCAAGUAUCAGCACAUUGACCGGACACGACUAUUCCGGGAUCCUGCUUGGCGAUGCACUCAGCGCUGGAUUGGCGUUGAAGUUCCUUGGAAGCCUCAGUUCAACGAGAAGUUCCACAUUAAACAGGAGCGUCGUAAGCUGUGGGAAAGACGCCACAUGAACCGAGAAAUCAUAAAGAAGCAGAGCAAAAAGAACACGGAGAAGCGUGAGUGUCGAAUCGCCAAGACCGGGGAAGCAGCCAAGUUGAAGGCCGAGGAAGCAGCGAAAAAGGAUGCGGAAGCAGCACUGAAGGCCGCGGAAGAGACCAAGAAGAAGGAAGAUGACAAGCUUAAAGACCAAGGUGUCCAGACAGAGGCUAGCAAAGAGGAGGCUAAUCAGGACAAGUCUGUUUUGACUGACGCCUCUGAAAAGACUGAACAGUCAACAGAAGAAAAGGCUGAGGAUGAUAAGCCUAAGGCUGACUCCAAAAACGACGCCAAGGAUGAUUCCAAGGAUAACUCUAAGGAUGACUCGAAAGAGGCAUCCAAGGAAUCAUCCAAUACAGAAGAACCAAAGAGCAAAAAGGACGAUGUUGCCCAGCCCGCUCCACCACCCCCGCCCCCAGCUGCCAAGGCCUAUGACUCGGACGGAGAUUCAUCGCAUUCGCCCGUCGAGGACUGGGAGGAGCUCUAUAGCAUCGACGACAUGGUUAGGAAGCCGCGUCUUACUCCUGCCGGGCCUCCUAAGACCCACGACCAACGUUAUGAGUCCGAGGAGGAAGGCCUGCCCGACCCAUGGAACGCCAUUUGCAUCGUUGGUGUCCGUGUCUACUCCAUGGACGAGGACCUCGAGCUUCGUGUCGUUAUAGAAGGCGGCGAACUGCUUGAAGGUGGCAUGGGCAAGAUGGGGGAAACUGACCUUGACAAUGCGCAGGCCAAUGCCGGCGGAGAGCGUGAGCAGCAGGAAGCCGAUGUGAAGGCUGACAUCACUGACACUAAGCCUGCGGAAUCAAACGACGAGACCAACGCCCAGGACGUCAGCGCCACCGAGACAGCCGCGGAAAAGAAGGACGAGGACGUUGAGACAACCGAGUCAGAUAAAGAGGGAGUCGAAGUCGCGACGACAGAGUCCAAUGAGGAUUCCGAACCGGACAAGACUAUCGACUCUACCAAGUGCGACAAGCUUGUUUCUGGAGCUGUCAAUCCGGACGCCAUUGCAGCACCGGAGUCUACUCCUCCAGACUCCUCUGGAGAUGAAUGA